AUGAUACGAUACAGUGGGUUCUCUGUAGUGAGGAGCUGUUUGAGUCGGACGUUUUCCCGAAACAACUCGGCGCUUUCAACUGCUAUAACUUCUUCGCUAUUGACAAAUCUCUUUCCAACAUGCAAAUCCUGUGGAGUCAGAUUGCAAUCACUGGAUCCCAAAGGUCCAGGCUACUAUAUUCUCGAGGAGUCAAAACCAGCUAAAAGAUUUGUAAAAUCUGAAGAUCAAGUGUUUGCGAAGUAUGUCAACGACUUGAGCCUAGAAGAUAAAAAAUUGCUUAUCAAUGAGGAUUCUAAGAAGGUUUCCGAUUCCGAAUCUAGGUCUGAGUCUCAAGACUUGAGCAAUGAAGCAGACAUAGAUUCCCUGUUGGUCAACAGUUUGGGCAACAAGGAUUACUAUGCUUCUGAGAUUAAGAAGGUGUCUCAAAAGGACAAGUUCAAAUUGGAAGAAAAGUAUAACGAUUCUGUUGAGUGUGUAAGAUGUCGUGAUGCUACCUACAGAUCUAACUUCAAGAACUUCUCUCAGCAGGAAUAUCCUUUAGAGCUUUUAGACAAUAUUAUGUCGAGAAUCCCUCCUCAUGAGCAGAUAGUCUAUAUAGUCAAUGCUCAAGACUUCCCAAUGUCGAUCAAUCCGAAAAUUUUCCAAUAUCGUCUGUCAAAUGAAUUGAAGUUCAUUGUUAACAAGGCUGAUUUGCUCUUCAAGUCGAUCAAUUUGAGCAAGAACUAUGGCCAGACCUUCUUUUCGGACUAUUUGUUCCACAAAUACAGAGUCCCAAAGGAAAAUGUCAUGGUUGUUAGUGGUACCAACUACUGGGAUUUUGACAAGGUUUUAGACUUUGUAGAUGACAACAGUUACUUAAUAGGAAAUGUCAAUUGUGGAAAGUCCACUAUUAUCAAGGGCAUGCUCUACACUAUUGAUAAGCUGAAUAAAAGGAAGAAAUUUAUGUCGAGUCGUGAAAGAACGAAAAUGGAGAAAGAACAGGAUAUGUUGAUCAAUAGAGCCAGCAGAAUGAAAGCCAUGACAGCCGGAGAAAAAAAGAAGGAGAAGAAACGCUACGAAAUGUUGUUCAGGUCCAAAGUGGGUCCUGGAGUUUCUCACAUUCCGGGAUUCACUAGAGGGUUUAUUCAGAUAGACUUGGAGGAUAUGGAUAAGACAAUCUACGAUGUGCCAGGAUUUGUUAAUAGCGAAAACCAGUUGAUACACCAUCAUGACAUCUACAACAAGAUCAGCUCGCCCAAAAUUUUGAAACAGAUCCACAAAGGAGUCAAAGUCUACGACAAGGGAACGUACACUUCUAAAUACAUCACAGCCAAAGGGGGACAGAGUUUGACGAUUGGGGGACUCUUUUUCUUGAACUUUCCCCAGAAGUCAAUGUAUCAGUUGAGAAACUGUAUCAAUCACGAUUUCCAUUUGUUCAGCAACUUCUCCAGGGCCGUUUAUAUAAGUUCGAACUUGUCUAAAUAUCCUGGUAUGGGCAGCAAAUUCUUUAUAGAACAUGACGACAGUUCAUUGAAAGAAUUGAGGAGGUUCAUCAUUCCUCCUUUCCAUGGCUCAAUCGAUUUAGUUAUACAGAACUUGGGCCAUAUCAAUAUCAAGCCUACUGGACGUAAGGAGACUAAUCAGCCAUUGAUCUUAUACUUACCUCCUGGGGUUGAAGCGAUUAUCAGGUUGCCCAUUACGAACUACAUUGCUAAGACGUUUACAGGGCGCGAUGCCAAAGGCAACCCUUUGAGAAAGGAGAAUAUCUUAACUAAGGGAGUAUUGGCACUUCAGAGAUAUACUGCCAAGUACCCGUUCUACAGUACUCUCAUAAGCGCCAAUAAAGGAGCUGAAGUGUCCCUGGAAUUGGCUCUUAUCUUGAAAAGUGAAGCUACAUGUGAGCCUGUGACGGACGCGGAACAAGAGAGAUUGGUGAAGCAGGAUUUUGCCAGAAUUGGCGAAUGGGCUACCAUAGCCAGAGGCGUAGAAUGUAACUAUAACGAGAGAACUGUCGUAGACGAAAGAAACAAGUUCGACUACUGGAUGGAAUAG